AAUUUAGGAUAUAUAAUACAAUUUUUCUCUUUUUAUCAUGAAAAUAAUUUACUCUUAAGAAUAUUGGAAAUAUCACUUUAAUGUCUUUUUUGUAAUUCAAAUUGAAGAAAAAAGCUUCUGUGAAAUUGUUUGUGCCAAAAUACAUUCACAUCACUUAAUUGUUACGAGGAUAUAAGAAAUUUAUUGAAGUGUCCAUUUCAUGACUAGUUGACAGCCAACAACUUAACUGAAUUACAACAGCAAACGAUCAACUUAUGUCAUUAUAUCUCAAAAUUAUUGUGAUGAAUAUGCAUAAAGUUGACUGCCUGUCAACUGUAACAAAAAGAUCUUCUCUCUCUCUAGUGCAAAAUGUUUUUCUUGUGAGCUAAAUGUAAAAAAACAAAUAACGAACACCAUCAAUUAAACAUAGUUAGCUAGCUGAUAGUACUAUAUAAACAAAUUCUGUUGUACUUUUAAAAUGGCUGAAGAAGCAGACUUUGAGAGAAAAAUGGGAGGAGGCAGGGACUCGGAUGAUGAUACGGAAGUCUUCAAAUCCAAAAACCUUCAAGCAGAGAGGAGACGCCGCGAAAAAUUAAGUUCAAGGCUCUUGGAGCUAAGAGCUUUGGUCCCAAAUAUCACAAAUAUGACGAAGCCAACCAUUAUAACCGAUGCCAUCAGUUACAUUCAUGAGCUGAAGAGCCGUGUGCAAGAGCUUAGUGAUCAAAUUCUUGCAAUGGAGGCAACAAUUAAUGAGCAUGAACAACAAAUGGAGAGGUCUGAGGUUGAUGUUGCACAAGAUAUGAACAACUGGGGGAUUGAGCCUGAAGUGAAGGUGUCUAAAAUCGACACGAAUAAGCUAUGGAUAAAGAUCCUUUUCCAGAAGACAAGAGGCGGAUUUACUAGAAUAAUUGAAGCCAUGACCGUGCUUGGAUUUGUUCCAGCUGAUAUGAGUGUUACUACCUCAAAAGGAGCUGUUCUUCUUACUUCGCACGUAGAGGUUAUGGAUAACGGAAUGCAAGGAAUUGAAAGAAUCAAAGAGCUCUUGCUUGAAGUCAUUACUACCUGCAGCUAGAACUUCUCCCAACACAAACUAUUCUGCUGUUGUUUGUAACUAAAUAUAGAACAGAAGCAAUAUCCCAUUUCUCCCCCAAUUUAAAUGGAGGAUCUCGUGGAGUUGAACUUGGUCUCAAUCUCUUUAGGUACAAGUUUGCUGGUACCAGCCCUGUCUCCAGUAGGUCUUGGUGCAAUAGCUCCUUGUAAUGCUAUUA